UAUUGUGUAUCUCCUCCGUAAUCUUGAUCUGCACGGUUAUUUAAGGCUUGAAAUGGAUGUCACAUAUGGGUUGUUGUCAAGCCUGGUAAAAACUCGUUCAAUCCAAAGAGUGCUAUCACCUAUUGCAUCCCAGAUAUCCUUGUUGAUCAUUUUGAAUGAAUCUGAAGAUGGUACCCAGCAGAUGCUGCAUGGAGAGAUGGUUCCCUGUGCUAAGACAGUGAUGCUGGCAUCACAUAAACUUGCUACAGUGGCUAAACAACAUGCUGAGACUUCUAGUGAUCAGGAGUUUAAAGCACAGACUAUCAGUGCAUGUGAAGUGCUGGAACUGUCCAGUUCAAAUCUGUACAUAGCAUCAGAGAGAUUGGAGGCCUCCAACUCUAGCAGAGAAGCCAGGAGUAAACUUGUACAAGCCAGCAAAGAUGUUCUACAGGGAACAAUGAAGGUUUUGUUAGUGGCAGAUGACGCGGAGAUUCGUAGGUUGAUUACAGCAGUCCAUAUUGUCACCGAGAAACUGAGUGCCCUUGACAUUUGUGGCAAUAUGAAAGAGCUGGUACACAAAUUUAAGGACUUUACUAACGCACUGGCAGUAAUGACUGGUAUAUGUGACAAGCGACAAAGGGACCUAAUCCAUUCCAGACAAAGGGAGAGAAUCAUUACAGCAAUGAAUAUUUUAAAGAAAAGUAUAUCAUCACUGAGUAUAGCAAUGCAAAACUCUGUAAAAUACAGUCAUAACCCACAAGCACAGAUGGGUAAAUCUUACAUUGUAAAUGAAAUACAGUCUGCACUGGGAGAUAUAAUAGAUGCUGCACAGAACAGAGAUACUGAUGAGGAAGAUAUUGAUCUGGAACAACCUGGAAAAUUUGUCUCCAGUAUUGAUAUGGCACUUGAGGCACUCGGUGAAGAGAAGCGUUGUGACCUCCAUGUUGACCUUGAGAUGUGGACGGAGGAAGCAGUUAGACACAGUAUGACUGUUGCACAUUUGUGUUAUGAUAAUCACCGAGAUCUUAUCAUCAAAACCUGUCAAAGGGUAAUACAAGUAAAGAGUAGAGUCAUACAGCAGUUUAGAACAAUGAAAAGUGAUGGGAACCAGUCACAGGUCAGCGAUGAUUAUGACGAUGUUUGUGAACUGUUGACGGAUGAAUUCUGCGAACUAGAGAAGAAUGUGAACAUAUCGCUGUUACAUCUUGUCGUGGAAUUCUUCAAAGAGACCACAGAACCCCUUGAGAGGCUUGUCAAAAAAGCAGUGUAUUCUGACAUGGAUGGUAUUUUAGAACAGAGUGACCCUAGUGUGUCAGACUUUGAGGAUCACGCUGAGAAAAUCUGUCAGAUAGCAACCCUUGCUGCAGCUAGUUCUACUGAUUCCAGGCGAGUUCACUCUAUAAGGACCAGUGUGCACAGACUUGAAAAUCUUGACCCAGAAAUAAUAUCGUCUGUAAUAUCGAUCUCGAGGUCCCGACAUGAGAAAAAUGUGAUGAGGCAUCUGAAAUUAUUGAUGAAAGAGUGGACGUUUGAGUUGACCAAUCUCAUUAAAGUCAUGGACGAAAUGACGGACCCUAAAAUGUUUAUGUUAGUGUCAGAACGUAAGGUAGAAGAUGAUAUCAACACAUGUAAUGGGUGUCUACUGAUCUCAGAUGAGGCGGGAUUUUCUGUGAUGUUACAAGCUGUGAUUGGUCGAAGCAGACGGGUCGUGCAGGUUGCUGAAAGAAUCGUUGAUUCUCAUUUAGAUCCCAUGUUCCGCAAUGGCUUGAUGGUAUUUAUUCUAGAACUGAAAAAGGUAAUAACUGGAGUACGAACUGCCGGAGGUCAUAUAUCCGCAGAGUUUACAAACAAAUUACACCAAGACACAUUAAGAAGAAGGUUUGAUCACCUACAAGACUCUCUAGCGAAGGUAAAGGCUGGCCUUAGUGAGUCAAAUCAUCCACAUGUACUAAGUCACCUCAGACGAAAUGUCAGGGGGUCUGAAAAAGUCAGUGUAAAAACAAAUCCUGACCAGUUUCACACACAUUUAUCAAAGUUGAAACAUUCGUCAACAGACCGUAUCAUAGCAACAUCGGUACCAAAGUUAAAUCUUGCCUCAGUUACCCGCGAGGACAAAAUAUCGCCUACUUCAGCAGCCACUCAGAGGUCCGACACUGAACGAAUUACACCGCACUUGGCUUCACUGCAGAAAACAGAGAUUGGCAAAAGUAUGAGUGUUUCGCAGAUAAGUAAAGUUUUCCCUCAGACAUAUGCCAGGAAACUUGCCACUGAACUUGUAUCGUGGUCAACAAAAGGUGACAGGGACAAAGUGAACCUUCUUUCUGGAGAUCUGUUGGGCUGGACCAAUCAUAUUAUAGAUGUUUCACACAUUGUUGUAGUGCAUUGCACAGAUCUAAAAAAGAAAAAGGAGAUGGAGAGUUUAUGUUACAGUGUUGAUCAGUCAGCCCCUGAGUUGUUAGAGAAAGCUAAAUACGUGCUGCACGGGGAUUUUAGUCAGAUUACUGAUAUGAAGUCCCAGGCCGAAGAAUGGGCAACUAACAUUGAAAAAGUCAGGGUGUACGUGGAUAUUACAGUAGAGUCGUGGAAAUCCAUUACAGACAAAGUGUGUGAUGCUGCCAGACUUUUUAAAGCAGAUCUAGUCAAACAUCAGUUAAAUAUAGUUCAAGGUCAUAUUGAUGCAUUAAAUGACCUUGUCUCCAUUGCUGGGAAACUGAGAUGGGAAAACCAGGUCAAAGGUCAGGAUAAAAUUGAUUCUUUAUGUGAGGACAAAAAUGAAGUUGAAAAUGUAGGUGUGACCUUCAAAACUACCGCAGCUAUGAUUGCCGAACAAGGUUUAAAGGACCAAAAUAUUGAACUGGAACAGUUAGGUAGGGAGUGGUGUGUUAAAGUCUACAGUAUGACGUCAGAUAUAGAAUCUCUCUGUAGUGAACUCCUUGACCUUGGGAUGUCAAAAAAGAUAUGGCCGACUAUACAUGUGCAAGAAAAUCUUCCAGAUACUCUUCAAAAGGAAAACAAAAAGCUCAAGGAUCUUUUGAAGAGUGCUUGUUAUGGUGAUGAGAGUAAAAAGGAGUUAUACAAGGAGUUUUUAGCAGAUAUGUCGGACUGCGUGGAGGACCUGAAGUCAGCCUCAUUACAGAGAAGAUCUGGCCCUGGUUCUACUCUAGCUGCUCCAAGAUAUUCUAGCCUCAACAUCGGACUACAUAGAGCUUUCUGGAUAUUAAAGGCUGUACAAUGUGUGGACUUGGCUAGACAGCAGACUUGUAUGUAUAGUGGAGGUGUAGAUAUAAUCAUAGAGAAAGCUUUUAUACUCAAAGCUGCAACUGGCAGUGACAGGGCAGAGCAAGAGACAGAGUUUAAUCAGAUGUUGACCCAGUUUACAGACAACAUGGCGACAGUUCGUAGGCGAGCGUUACAGGGUAUCCAGCUGUCAGCGGAACUUGGGAAGAGAUCUGUAGUGAGGCAAUGUCUAGAUUCGUUGACUACAUUACUACCGGAUGUUGUCUCCGUGCUUAAGACAUUAGCAGAUGAAAACAGUUGCAGUAACCAUGGUGACGUAUUAUGGCACAGGUUGCUAUGGUGUGCUAAAGUGUAUCACUUAAUCACGUGUCUACAUCAGAUGAGUGACGUAAGAACUACAGUAAUUGAUGAAAUAGAGAAAGUCCUGAAACCACAAGAGAUUAUCACAGACUUUGAUGAUAUUAGUGAGAAACUCAUAUCCCAGGAUGAUGCUACAACAGUUGCUAAGCAACAGCCCAAUGAACCUAUAAAUAGAUCACUAUUCUCAGGAAAUGCUGAUUCUGUGAAGGGUAAUGGAACAGCUGAUAAGCCAAUGACUGGCAAUGUUCACAGGUCGCCCUUGUCGCAGAAUUCAAAUUUUGGCAAUAUUCCAAAAUCCAUGCAGCAGACGACAAGGAAGUCAGGGUCAAAGUUGAAUGAUAGCUUACAUAAUCAGCUGAACUUUACGAAAUACAUUCCAGACCAGGGACCAAAUAUCGAGAACUUUGAUCCUGUGGUGGUAGAUCUACAAGCUGUGGAAGAACAGAUCAUGCUUAAUGCAAGCCAAGCUCUAGAACAAUCAAGCAAUCAAGGCCCUUCUACAGUAAAGAAAGCAGACGGACAGAUGGGAACCAGACAUCACAGUGAGAACCAUAGCACAGCAUCUACGUCAAGACCAGUUAUAGAUCUCCUGAAUAAUGCGCGCUAUAUUGAGACACAGACAGACAGAUGGGAGGAUGACAGUAACCCUAUUGUCAAAGUUGCCAAAACCAUGGCAACCCAGAUCAAACAUAUGACUCAAUAUGUGAGACGUGAAGGUCCGAUAAAUAAUCACCUUGCAUUGGUAGAGACAGCAAAAGCUCUGGCUGAGAAUAGCGACAAGGUUCUGCACUUUGCCCACAUUUUAAUCAACCAUUGUAUUGAUAAGAGCUUUUGUGAGGAUUUACAGGCCUAUUGUUUACAAGUGCCUACAGUAAAACAACAGUUACUUAUCCUGUCAAAUCUUCAACUAGGCACAGCCAAAACUGAUACAAUAUUAAGAAUAUAUGAAAAUUGUGAGGCUGACCGAAUUCUAGUCCAGAAUGCACAAAACUUGAUGAAGCGUAUCCUGCAGACUAUAUCAGCUUGUGAGGCAGUCUGUGUCAAGGGAUUAUCACCCACUGUAACUGAGAACUCAGAAAGUUCAAUACUGCUGGCAACAAGAUGGCGACAGAAACACGCAGCACAUCGUCAACAGGAAGUUCUAGACUGGGACACAGAUGAUUUGGGUCUCAGGAUUGUUGAAGGCAACGACCUUCCACCUGCUCUUACACAAAUAUUUCAACCCUGAACACAUUACAGUCAAACUUGUGAACAAUGGUCACCCAAGAUAGAGAGACAAAUAAUGGUCUUAAAGCAGCAUGCCUCCACAUUCAUGUUAAUUUUCAUAAAAAUUUUGGAAAUGUAUUUAAAAGUAAAAUAUUGUGAGGAUAGCAAAUAAAGCAAUCGGCACUUACAAUAAAAGAAAAUUACAAAAAAAAUGGUUAAGAUAUGCAAAAACACCUCUUACUGCAUUAGUAACACAGUAGAAAUAUGGUGAUGAAAUACUGCAAAAUCAGUCUUAAACCCCACAAAACAUGCAAAAUAUAACUUGGAUCUUGAAUGUUUUCACCUUUCUUAACAUUAUUGUACAUUUUUCUCAAUAUUGAUUUCCUUGAAAAAUUUUAGUGCUUAUGGAGGCGUGUAGCUUUAAUAGAUAAGUGGUCUUAAUUUUGAGGUUAUUAUAUUCCAUUUAAACAAUGAAGUAGCCUUUAUAGGCAGGGUUAUCUUUAUUAAGAGGUGGUCUUUGACACUGGUUUGACUGUACAGGUUUCUGAAAUUUUUAUCUUGACGGAAUACUGACCAAUAUGAUGAUAUUAAAAAAAUGAUCAAGUAUUAAUAAUGCAUAAUGAGUGUUUAAAUUCUUUCAUUUUUGAAAAAGAAAGUAGAGAUUUUUGAAGAAGGAUUUAAGGAGGGCAAUGCUCAAACUUUAGUGAUAUCUUCUUGAGCAUUGUUACAUAAUGAAACUGUCCUACGUGUUAUUGACAUGGUAUUAAACUGAGGCACAUAGAACAGAAACAAAUGAAAAAGAUAAUUAAGAAAUAUACUCCGAAAUAUAUUGAAAAUUGUAUUUUUGUUUUUUAUGCUCCCCGAAAAAUUUCGGGGGAGCAUAUAGUCGGCGCCUUGUCCGUCUGUCCGUCCGUUGUCUUGUCCGGAGCAUAACUUGAAAACCCUUGGAGAUAAUUUGUUGAAACUUCAUACAGUGGUAGAGGGCAUCGAGGGGGAGUGCAGUGUCAAAGAACCAUAACUCUAUUUUGCCCGGUUUUUGAAUUAUCUCCCCUUAUAGAAAAAUCUUGUCCGGGGCAUAACUCUAAAACUAUAAGAGAUAUCAACAUGAAACUUUGUAGGUGAACAGAUCUCAAUGGGUAGAUGUGCAGUGCAUAAGAACAAUAACUCUUUUCAUCCUAAUUUUGGAGUUAUUGCCCUUUGUUAAUUUUAAUACUUUGAACUUGAACUUUGUCCGGAGCAUAACUUGAAAACCCUUGGAGAUAAUUUGUUGAAACUUCAUACAGUGGUAGAGGGCAUUGAGGGGGAGUGCAGUGUCAAAGAACCAUAACUCUAUUUUGCCUGGUUUUUGAAUUAUCUCCCCUUAUAGAAAAAUCUUGUCCGGGGCAUAACUCUAAAACUAUAAGAGAUAUCAACAUGAAACAUUGUAGGUAGAUAGAUCUCAUUGAGUAGAGGUGCAGUGCAAAAGAACCAUAACUCUGUUAAGCCUUAUUUUUGAAUAAUCUCCCCUUU